UCAAAAUCCCGGGUUUCUCUAGCCUUUUGAGAGUGUGCACUCUUCAGUGUCAUCUUAUCCAAUUCUUGGCUACCAACAUUCUUCCCUCUUCUAUCUCUCUUUCUCUCUCUCUACAGAGCUACAACAUACAACAAUGGCGACAAUGGCCUGCGCUUCUUCCCUAACGUUUCCUUCAGCGCAGACCCAGAAAUCCUUCUUCGGCACCAAUGUAAAACAAACUCCUGUUUUGAGCUUUCCUCGCCCAACAGUGGCGGCAGCAGUAGCAGUGAGCGCCAGAAAAUCAACAUCAGCAUCUACCAAAUGUACCGAGGAAUGGCGUCAACUCAAAGAGGCCGUGAAGAAAGAGUUUGCCAUUCCUCAUGUUCCCUUAGACCAGCGCUGGAUGUUUACUCUUGAAGAAGCUACUGGCCCUGAUAUUUGGAACACAACAUGGUAUCCUAAAUCUGCUGACCAUGUUCCUACUGACAAGAAGUGGUAUGUUGUUGAUGCCACGGAUCUGAUUCUUGGGAGGAUGGCUUCAACUAUAGCAAUACAUAUUCGCGGGAAGAACUUGGCCUCCUAUACUCCAAGUGUUGACAUGGGAGCCUUUGUAAUCGUGGUUAAUGCUGAUAAAGUUGCUGUAUCGGGUAAAAAGAGGACACAGAAGUUAUACAGGCGCCAUUCAGGAAGGCCAGGGGGUCUGAAGGAGGAAACCUUUGACCAACUUCAGAAAAGAAUUCCGGAAAGGAUUAUUGAGCAUGCUGUCCGUGGCAUGCUUCCUAAAGGAAGACUCGGGCGGUAUUUGUUCAAUCACCUCAAAGUGUACAAAGGCGCAGAGCAUCCUCACCAAGCUCAGCAACCGAUUGAUCUUCCACUCAGAGACAAGAGAAUUCGCGUUGAGAAAUGAGUGUUGUAUCUAUCAAGCAAACAACUUUAUAAUGCCAAUGUUUUAACAGAAUUAAGCAUCCCUCUGUUUUGUAGAUUGAAAAUUAAGUUGUGUAGGUAGAUAAUUUGACCAUUUUGUAAUUCAGGUAUUAAAACAAACUCAUAUUUGUUUACACAAGAUGAGAAUCUCUGUAUCUUUCAGCUCAUAUUGCUUUCAGCUCCUCUGUUCUGUUCAA